CAAACCGUCGACUUGAAAGCGAACAACAAAAAGAAAUAGAUUUCCGUUCUCUGGCAAGAGAGUUUCUAUCGACCGACUUUCAAAUGUCUCACACAGUUCAGUAGCAAAUCAACACUCGCAGUCCUUCCUUUUUGCCUCUGUUUAUCUAGUGAUCGCGAUAUUGUACGAACAAACGAAGCGGGUGAUUGCCAUUCCCAUCAUCACAGCAGCCCACGGCGUCCCGGAAGGCGUAGAGGUCGCAAUUGCAGCACUGCCGCAUUAGUUUACCAAUCAUUGUAAGGUCACCCCUCGACGAAAAUAGCAAUUGCCUGCAUGAUGACGGAACGACGUGCCUCUGCGCUGAGACCCAGCACAAGAGGUAGCGGUGGCCUUGUCAAUGGAAAUAAAAUUCAAAACGUAAGCUUUUCGGAAGAUCCUAUGGAUCAUAUACCAAAGAAAGCACAAGAAUUACGACUUUCCUCCCCAAGCAAUGGAUCAUCUCCAAGACGCACUAGUUUUCUCAAACGAAACAAGAAGUCAAGCAAAGACAACGGCGACAAGGACACUUCCAUUGCAACAAAUGGCAAAGAGAACAAUCAUAACAAAGCAGGCGGUAACAGCAUUGAAAUAAAAUUGAAAAAUCCAACAGGAAGCAGCGGCGCCAGCAGUCCUCGUAAAUGGGGCAGUCGACGCUUCAAAGGAUUCUCGCUUUUUGGAGGCAGCGGAGAUCAGCGGAAUGGCUAUGGAACGCUGAACGACAGCAAUAACUACGAAAACGACGGAGAGGUUACGACCGCGGUGGAAGUGGAUCCGGUUAUGACCAUUUUCGAAUCGCGCAAUACCCAGAGAGUACGCUUCACGCUAGCGGGUGAUAGUAAUGAAAGUGUGAUUAGUGGAGGCGGCCUCAGUCGGAAUAGCAGAGAUCACCAGAAAAACACUAAGAGAGGAGAGUCUUCGAAAAAUGCAAACAGCGGCAGCGGCAGUACGGGGAACGUCAAGCAAUUUAUGUCCCGAGCUCUCUUUUGGUCGAAGUCUUCAAGCAAGAAGCUAUCAGAAGAGGAAAUGAAGCGAGAGGCGAAAGAGCUCGGUUGCGGCCCAUUGAUUUGGGAAAGCGCGGCCACGCCAACCGGACCCGAAGUGAUUCAUACGAAAAACAAUCGAAACAACAACCAAAAACGUAACCAGAAAACUCCAGAGCUCACAGUCAGUUUCACUGAAGACCCCAAGGCACGAGCAGCUGUAUCAAAAAUUCUAGCCAAGGCCAGUAGUGCGGAACACGUACAUUUUCGGUACGAAUACGCCGUGAAGUGUUACUUGAAGGCACUCACUAUUCUCCAGAAACAGGCAAAGUACCCAGAUGAUCAUCCUACAGUUGUCAAGACGGUUCGUCUGAUGAACAACGCUCAUAACGUAUUGAUAUCGUACAAAAACUCAGCAAAUAUUGUGAAGAUGGGUAUCAAGAAUGAGGAUGCCGGUGAACUCGUCAAGGCCCUGAAGAUGUACACCAUCGCCUACCGUAUUCGAAGAGAUAAUUUGAGUCGGAAUCAUCCUAGUCUUGUGGUCCUUCUUAAUAUGUUGGGAAGCAUUCAAAUUAAGAGGGGAGAAUUAUUGGAAGCAAUGCAAAUUUAUGAAUUAGCUCUGAGCGACGAUUCGACUGUAGUGCCGGAAGCGCCAACGGAGAGCGCUGCUCCUCGCCAUCAACAACAGCAAAUAACAACGAAGGACCGAAAUUUGUUGGCGAAAAGCGUUACCUUUCGUGAAAUGGGAACCAUAUAUGAAAUGUGGGGAAAUGUCGACGAAGCUCUCAAGUUUUUCCACAAGAGUCUUGAAUGUGUUGCAGAAUGGAGAGAAUCAGUCCGAAGCAGUUAUAAGAGCAGGAAUAGAAUUGUUAAAAAUACUGAUGGGGGAUGUGACAAUGGCAAUGAUGAUGAAAAAUCGGGUAGCAUAUCUUUGAGGACAAGUAGCACAGAAUCUCAGCACUACUCAAUUGAUAUUGUUCAAACAGUUUCCAGUAACAUUGGUGACUCAGAAAUGGAGCUCGUAUUCGGAUCAAAGGGAUCACCAAAGAAUUGCAGUGAAUCCAACUCCAAAUCAAGAAACAAAUACGAGAGGUUUUUUCCUAACGAGAUUGACCUCAAGGCUAAAGAUGGAGUCAAGAAUUCUGAUGAAAACUCACAUGCCGAUAUGGAUUUGUCGCUCACGCUGCAUCAAAUUGCGCGUCUAUACUGCUCUCAAGGGAAGUUCGAUAGAGCACUUGAUGCCUACGAAGCAGCUCUUCGAGGAAUGAAGACGGCAUUGGGCAAGCACCAUCCGAACGUAGCUGCAGUUCUUGGAAACAUUGGAAAUCUUCAAAAAGAAAUGGGAGAUUUGGAUGCAGCGUAUAAAACAUAUCAAGAAGUACUCGGUAUAGAAUCGUACAGACUUGGUCUUAGUCAUCCUGACGUAGCCAUUACACUGCACAAUAUUGCAACCAUUGAUGCUGCUCGAGGAAAUUACCAACAUUCUCUUCAACUCUAUCAGAAAGUUAUAGGUCUUCAAAAGCAGUUGUUUGGCGAAGAUAAUAUAUCCGUUGCGGUGACAGCUGCGUGCAUGGGAGACGUGUACGAAAAAAUUGGGGAGCUCAAAAGUUCGAUGACUUCGUUCGACGAAGCAGUGAGAAUCAAGUCGUCUGUUCUGGGCCGUCACUCCUUAGAGGUCGGACGCCUUCUACACAAACUCGGCAAACUUUCCUUUCUAUCGACUGAUUAUGUCGAAGCAGAAUCAUAUAUUUCUCGAACAGUACUCAUUUAUAGACUGAACAAGCUUGACGAACACCACGAAUGGUUUGUCGACGCUAAUCGAGACUCCGCCGACAUUGAUGGUGCCCUUGCGCUUGGAGUAGCUGACCAGUGCGAAAUUUGAAAUCGCAAAUUCCAGCUAUUAUAUAUCGAUGCCAAUAUUGUUAUUUAUUAUAGACGAAACACACU